CCCCUCCACAAAAUGGAUGCCUUUCCUGUCACUGCAUGAUUCAAAAUCCCACUUUAGCUCCACCCCCUUACCAUAUCUGCUAAGCCCUCUAAAGUUUAACCCCUCUGUGGCCAGGAUUGUCCCACCCUGUUAUGAACCCUUCUACAGUAAUUCGCUGCUUCGGGGGUAUGCUUUCUUCUCUGCAUUCUCUCCCAGUGAGUCAGGCUCAGUGACUCCAUGACUUGCUGAUGCACUUGGCAGAGCUCAGGAUACACGCUCAACUGGUUAGGCUGCUGCAACAAUGUGACAUUUAAGGCUCACUGGCCCCGCCCGCUGGGUGUCUUGGGGAAGGAGGAAAAGUCCAGGCUGCCACAGCUGAUAGGUGGAUCUGGAGGGUGUCCCAUCGUUCACAAAAGUUCCCAGUGCCUGGAAUUCCCAAACUAUGCCACUGGAUUUUCCUUGACUUUCUGCCUGUCUGCCCACUUGGUUGGUUCUGGGCUUAACGCAAGAUUGUGGGAAGGGUGUAGGCUUGAUUCUGGCUGGCCGGCUGGAUGAUGAGAGCAGAGUGGCAUAGGAAGUAAAUCAAUAAAGAUGUCGGAAGUUCGACGUGAUAGUACAAGCAGCUUGCAAAGAAAGAAACCACCAUGGCUAAAGUUAGAAAUACCAUCUGCAACUAUUACAAGCGAGGAACCUACAUUCGUUCAGCCAUUUAAGCGACAAACAUUUUUAAGAAGUGUGAGUAUGCCAGUUGAAAAUACAAGAAUUCCGUCACCACCAAAUGAACAGAAGCGACCUAAUUUACAACGCCAGACCUCAAUCACGCAGACUAUUAAAAGGAAGCACGUCAUGUUUGAGAGAACCAGUACAAUGCCUGUGAAGGGCCCACUUGCUGGCAGGAGACGUAUACGUUUAAGAAAGAGGCGAGCUUUCUCCACUUUAUUUUGCAGGGGAACUGCCGACUGGUUCGGAGUCAGCAAAGACAAUGACGCCACACAAAAAUGGCAAAGAAAAAGCCUUAGACAUUGCAGCCAGAGAUAUGGAAAGUUAAAACCCCAAGUUAUACGAGAAAUGGACCUUCCAAGUCAAGAUAACAUAUCCCUAACAAGCACAGAAACUCCUCCCCCCCUUUAUGUUGGACCAACUCAAUUUAAUAUGCAGAAGAUUAUAGAUCCUUUGGCCCGGGGACGUGCUUUCCGUAUGGUAGAUGACAAUGAUGGCUACAGCAUGCCUCAUACUCCCAUUACGCCUGGUGCAGCUUCUUUGUGCUCAUUUACCAGCUCAAGAUCUGGAUUUAGUCGAUAUCCCCGGAGACGAAAAAAGGAAUCGGUGGCUAAAAUGAGUUUCAGAGCAGCAGCAGCACUUGUGAAAGGUCGUUCCAUUAGGGAAGGUACAUUACGUAGAGUACCAAGACGAAGCUUCACCCCAGCAAGUUUUCUGGAGGAAGAUACAAUGGAUUUCCCAGAUGAAUUAGACACGUCAUUUUUUGCAAGGGAAGGAGUUCUUCACGAGGACCUCUCCAGUUAUCCGGAUGAAGUAUUUGAAUCUCCAUCUGAGGCUGCUAUCAAAGAGGCUGAACAGACAGCAAAAUCAGAAGGGGUAGAACGGACUGGAAGUGCUUUAGACAAAAGUGAACUUGAAAAAAGUCAUCUGAUGCUGCCUUUGGAACGGGGAUGGCGGAAGCAAAAAGAAGGACACAUUUUACAGCCAAAAGUACGACUUUGCCAGGAAGUUGUUAGUGUCAGUCCACAAAAGAGAGGACAACGCAUCACUAUUCCAGUAAAAAAACUCUUUGCAAAAGAAAAGAGGCCAUAUGGUCUUGGCAUGGUGGGAAAACUGACUAACAGAACAUACCGCAAAAGGAUAGACAGUUAUGUAAAAAGGCAAAUAGAAGAUAUGGAUGAUCAUAGGCCUUUCUUCACUUAUUGGAUUACAGUUGUGCAUUUACUUAUAACGAUUCUUGCUGUAUGCAUCUAUGGAAUAGCACCAGUUGGCUUUUCUCAACAUGAAACUGUAGAAUCGGUUCUUAGAAAUCGAGGUGUUUAUGAAAAUGUAAAAUAUAUUCAACAAGAAAACUUUUGGAUUGGACCAAGUUCUGAAGCCUUAAUACACUUGGGUGCAAAAUUUUCCCCAUGCAUGAGACAAGACCAAGAUGUUUACAAAUUUAUCAAAAUAAAUAGAGAUAAAGAGAAGAACUCAGCAUGCUGUGUAAGAAAUGACAAAUCAGGAUGCAUACAGACUUCUGAAGAAGAGUGCUCGUCUACUCUUGCUGUUUGGGUAAAAUGGCCCACUCAUUCCAGUACACCAGAACUGGCAAACAAAAGUGCAAGGCAUUCUGGAUCAGUUUGCCACCAAGAUCCAAGGUUCUGUGCUGAACCAGCAUCAGUUACCCCACACGAAUGGCCGGAUGACAUUACAAAAUGGCCGGUCUGCACAAAAAACAGUGACGGACAUUUCCCAAACCAUCUUCACAUGGACUGUGUUAUAACAGGCAGGCCCUGUUGUAUUGGUACAAAAGGAAGGUGUGAAAUAACUUCCAGGGAAUAUUGUGAUUUUAUGAAAGGAUACUUCCAUGAAGAGGCUACAUUGUGCUCACAGGUGCAUUGCAUGGAUGAUGUGUGUGGACUACUGCCAUUCUUGGACCCAGAGUUUCCAGAUCAGGUCUAUAGGUUAUGGCUUUCUCUCUUCCUGCAUGCAGGAGUCUUGCACUGUUUAGUUUCUGUUUGUUUUCAGAUGACAAUACUGCGAGAUUUGGAAAAGUUGGCAGGUUGGCAUAGAAUAUCCAUUAUUUAUAUACUAAGUGGAAUUACUGGAAAUCUAACAAGUGCUAUUUUCCUGCCAUACAGGGCUGAGGUGGGGCCUGCUGGUUCACAGUUUGGAAUUCUGGCAUGCCUUUUUGUGGAACUUUUCCAGAGCUGGCAAAUUCUUGCAAGACCAUGGAGAGCCUUUUUCAAGCUAUUUGCAGUUGUUAUUUUCCUGUUCACCUUUGGACUCCUUCCUUGGAUUGACAAUUUUGCUCAUUUUGCUGGCUUUGUUAGUGGCUUCUUCUUAUCCUUUGCAUUUCUUCCUUAUAUUAGCUUUGGCAAAUUUGAUAUGUACCGUAAACGAUGCCAGAUUAUCAUAUUCCUAUUAAUAUUUUUUGGCCUUUUUUCAGGUUUAGUAGUUUUGUUUUAUGUGUACCCUAUCAAGUGUGAAUGGUGUGAAUACUUAACCUGUAUACCAUUUACAGAUAAAUUCUGUGAAAAAUAUGAACUUCAUGCACAGCUACAUUGACCCCUAAGAAAAUGAUUUUUAGAUGAACUGUAUUUCAGAUUUUUUUCAAGUUUUGGAAAGAUUAUAUUUUAUUCUCUUUAAGGUACGGAAGGAAUAAUGUAGCCAUUUUAAGCCAGUCGAGAUUUUUUACACAGCAAUUCAAUUUUUUUGGAAUGUUUUGCUGUGAUGCAUUAUGAAAGUAUACAUGUAAUGUGCACAUUGUUUGUUAAUUUAACUGUAUAUAGAGCAUUUGAUAAACUGUUUAAUGUAUCUCAGAUGAUUUUAUGGUCUGAAAAAGAAAAUAUUUGUUUUUUUGUUCACUUUUAUUGAACAAUAGUGUGAUGUCAUUUAAUGGUAAAAUUUCACUGUUCUUUUUUAAUUGUAUCUACUGCAGUCACUGCAGAAAUUAAACUGAAGGUAGUGUUUUAGCUACCAUCAUUUGUAACUAAGAAA